AUGGCGGCGAGACUGGCGGCUCUUCCGGCGCGGGCGGAAGCGGAAGUGACGGCGGGCGGGACGGCGGGAGCGGCAGAGGCAGCGGCGCGCCAACACCGGGGCCACGCCCACAGCCCACAGAGCCACGCCCCUGAUGGCCCCGCCCUCGUGAAUGACCCCGCCCCUGUCGGUGGCCCCGCCCCCGUGAAUGACCCCGCCCCUGUCGGUGGCCCCGCCCCUGUAGGUGGCCCCGCCUCUCCUGUGGUGGCCACGCCCUUUUAUGUGGCCACGCCCCCAGAGCGGGGCAUGGAGCUGUGCGCCGUGGCCGUGCUCAUCCUCCUCUUCAUCGCCGUGCUCAAGCAGUUCGGCAUCCUGGAGCCCAUCUCCGCCGAAGACACCAUCGACGCCGACGUGGAGCUGCCGAGCGCCCGGCACCACCCCGAGGAGCUGGAGCAGCUGCUGGCUCGCACCAAGUUCACCAAGGCCGAGCUGCAGUCGCUCUACCGAGGCUUCAAGAGCGAAUGCCCCGGCGGGCUCGUGGAUGAGGAGACCUUCACGCUCAUCUACUCGCGCUUCUUCCCCCAAGGCGACGCCAGCUCCUACGCCCACUUCUUGUUCGACGCCUUCGACGCCGACCGCAACGGGGCUCUGCGCUUCCAGGAUUUCGCCGUGGGGCUCUCGGUGCUGCUGCGGGGCACGGAGCAGCAGAAGCUCCGGUGGACCUUCGACCUCUACGACGUGAACAAGGACGGCUGCGUCAGCAAGGAGGACAUGCUGCAGAUCAUGAAGGCCAUCUAUGCCAUGAUGGGCCGCUGCAGCGAGCCCGCCGCGCCCGCCCUGCACGUGGAGCUGUUCUUCCAGAAGAUGGACAGGAACGGGGACGGCGUGGUGACCUUCGAGGAGUUCCUGGCUGCGUGCCAGGAGGACAAGGACAUCAUGAGCUCCAUGCAGAUCUUCCACAGCGUGCUCUAGAGCUUCGGGCAAACGGGAGGCAGGAGAAACGCAGCACGUGGCUCCCGGGACAGGACCAGGACCAGGACCAGGACGAUGCCACCAGAGCCCCCCGGGCACGGUGCUGCCACCCGCCAGCCUGACCCCUUCUGGGGGGCUGAGCCUCCCCUCGAGAGACCCCCACCCCCCGGCGGUGCAGGGACCUGGCACGGCACAAACCCACCCAGGGGGGACCCCGGGGCGUGGGGACCCCCAGAGCUGGGACCCCCGGGUGGGGUCUCCGUGUGGCAGCCGUGGAUGGAGCCCCCAAACACCAACCCAGAGCACAGCCCCUGCUGCCCCAGCCGCGCGGGGAGGGGGGUUUUGUAAAUAAACAAACGGAGACGGUUCAGGGCUGAAAGGGAGUCGGGGGGCGUGAGAGGGGCGCGGUGCCCGGUCCCAGCCCUGCUCCGGUCCCCUCUCCCAGCCUGUGUUCCGUUCCCAGUCCCAUUCCCGUUCCCAGUUCCCAAUCCCGGUCCCGUUCCCAGUCCCAUUCCCCUUACCCUUCUCAUUCCUGUUCCCUUUCCCUCUCCCGGUCUCGUGCCCGUUCCCGUUCUCUCUCCCAUUCUCGGUCCCGUUCCCCGUCCCAUUCCUGUUCCCUCUCCUAUUCCCUCUCCCGGUCCCGUUCCCUCUCCCGGUCUCGUUCCCGUUCCCUCUCCUAUUCCCGUUCCCUUUCCCACUCCCAGUCACGCUCCCAGUCCCGUUCCCCCUCUCAUUCCCGUUCCCUUUCCCGGUCCCGUUCCCAUUCCCGGUCCCAGUCUCGUUCCCUCUCUCAUUCCCAUUCCCGUUCCCGGUCCCGUUCUCUCUCCCAUUCCCGUUCCAUUCCCAGUCCCGUUCCCGUUCCCUCUCCUAUUCCCGUUCCCUUUCCCACUCCCGGUCCUAUUUCCAGUCCCGUUCCCGUUCCCAGUCCCGUUCCCCCUCUCAUUCCCAGUCCCGUUCCCUUUCCCAGUCCCAUUCCCAGUCCUGUUCCCGUUCCC